AUCACUGGGCCCUCUGAGGGAGGAGCCAGCGUGUGUGCCGGCCAAUGGGAAGACUCCGUGGUGAUGUCAUGUUGUAGGGAGCCUCGAGAUGCUGCUGCAGAUUUCAACAUUGACCAGAGGAGAAAGCAGUGCAGGGAGCAGCCCACAGCACCAUGACUCUAACAGCCUACAGAGAGAAGAUGCGAGAGCUCCCCCUGGUGUCUCUCUUCUGCUCCUGCGUCCUGCCUCAGCCCAAAGACCCUCCCAGAGACAAGAUCGAUGGUGUAGUGGACCUGAACCUGUGCAGUAUCCGUGAUAUGGAGGUAAUCGAGCUGAGUAAACGCUCCAGUGGACAGGCCUUCGAGGUCAUCCUCAAGCCCCCCUCCUUUGAUGGGGGUCCAGAGCUCAGGGUGACCACCCCGCCCCGGCCCAAACCUUGCCUUGAGGAGAUCCAGAAGAAGCUGGAGGCCGCGCACGAGAGGAGAAAGUGCCAGGAGGCGGAGCUGCUGAAACACCUGGCCGAGCGCAGGGAGCACGAGCGAGAGGUGGCCCAGAAAGCCUUAACCAAAGAGCGUCAGGAGCACCCGCACAGAAACAUGCACCUGAACGCCUCACAGGAGCAGCCUCAGGUGUCAUGAUGGCCUGAUCACAACACAAGCUGAACAUUCAUGGAAGCCAUUUUGGAGGCUGAUGAGGAGACAGUUGCAUUAGUGAAGCUGUGCUCACACUGGGGCAGACCUUUGCCCAGCAGCAGUGUUGUCUCUACAGGGACAGCUUGGAGGACUCAUGCAGGACUUUACUGUACCACCAGUGCCACAGCUGCCUGACAUGUGUGUACAUAAGGACACUCUGUGGUCUGUGUCCCUCAUGCUCUGACCCAUCCUCCGUUCACUGUGGCACUAGGGCAAUCUGGCCCAGGGGCAGAAAGGGUUAAACGUGUACAGCUAUCCUGACAUAUGACCCACAAGAGAUGCCCACACUGGAGGAUUCUGCAUAACAAAGUGUUUAUUUAAAGGUCCUGUAUUAUGUGUUAUUUAGUCUUUUUAAAGUACUCAUCUGUGGAGGUACUGCAUAGUAGGGUUGUCAAAAGUAUUGAAAAUCACAUACCAAUCGAUUCCAAAAGUACUAUCAAAACUAGAUAGUCAUUUGAACAAGUAUCAAAACUAAAAAGUCACAUUCACAUGACAAAAAUGAACCUUUUUCUGAAGAGCUUUAAAAUGAUUUUGAGCUGUAUCACAACCAAUUAUGAGACCACAUAGACUAGUAUACGCCCAUGGACCACUGUGGCACCUACCUGGACGACUGAGGGAUUACACAAAUAUAAGCCCGCAUGGUAAUAUAAAAGAAAGUACUACAAUUUAAUGCUGAAUCAGUACUGAGAAUCAAAUCUAUUCCUUAGUAACAAAAUCGAUUUUUAAAUUUUAGUAUCGUGACAACACUACUACACAGUUUGUAUCAAGCUAAAAACAAUAGCAGCUACCAUCAGUUGCUACAAUGCAUAGUUUUUGAGCCAAGUAAUUAUAAGAUCAGGUUUGAUUUUGAUGAGGUACAUUUUGCAUAUUAUAGGACCUUGAAUAGUUGAUUUAUGUCCAUAUUUAUUUGCAAGGAAAACACAUUUAGUUUUUCUUUAAAAUUAUUGUCUGUGUAGACACACCUGACUGGCCGACAGGUGCGUCAGAGGAGAAGUACUCUGAAUAGUUAAGAAAACUCCUGCACACUGUCUCACUCUUGAUUCACUUUUUGAUUGUGAGAAUAGUGAGUGAAAAGUGAAUCAAGAGUGAGACAGUGUGUGGGAGUUUUCUUAACUUUAAAAUUAUUUUGCCAAAAUUUAGUUUAUGUUUAAUUAAAUAUAACUUGAACAUCCAAAUUCUGCUAUUGAAACUUGAAAUACACAAGCUCAGUAAUGUUAAUUGGUUUGUUUUUAUUCUUGUUUUCAAAUGGCAUUUAUUAGACAUUUUAAUUGUCUGUAUGAGAUCAGGUUUGAUAUGUAUGUCAUCUGAGCUGAAAGGAUGUGGUACUACUCAAAUAUUACCAAUAAAUAUAAUGUACAGAGAUCAUAUUAUAUUUUCAAAACUCAUAAUAAAACUAUACAAU